AUGGCUGUGGCCACUACCAAUGGGGAUCUGCCCGGCCGGUGGGACGAAUCGAGACAGCUCGGCCAGCUGUUCAUGAUGGGCUUUGAUGGCACCUCCGUCACUGAUCAGGUCAAGGUCUUGAUUGAGAAAUAUCACGUAGGCUCCAUAUUGCUCAAGGCCCAAAACCUCAAAUCUGCUGAACAGGCGACCCGACUCGUGCUUGAUCUUCAGACUCUUGCGCGUCAGGCCGGUCAUCCGGUUCCCCUCUUGAUCGCUCUCGAUCAGGAAAAUGGCGGCGUCAACAGCCUGUACGAUGAGGUUUAUAUUCGUCAAUUUCCCAGUGCGAUGGGCCUGGCUGCUUCCGGCUCGAAGAAAUUGGCAAAGGAUAUCGCCCGAGCGACCGCUCAAGAGUUAAAUUCGUGUGGCAUUAAUUGGAUCCUAGGGCCGGUGCUGGAUGUCCUGACCAACGCCAGAAAUCAGCCUCUCGGCGUUCGGUCCGUAGGCGAUGACCCUCAUGAAGUCUCAGCAUUUGGCGUUGAAUGCAUCAAAGGUUACCAAGAAGGUGGAGUCGCGACCUGCGGCAAACAUUUCCCUUCCUAUGGUAAUCUGGAGUUCUUCGGUGUCCCGGAUGACGUGCCCACGAUCACAGACUCGUUGGAGAACCUGAGCCAGAGUGCUUUGGUCCCCUUCCGUGCGGCGAUUGCCCAUGGCGUUGAUUCGAUGAUGGUCGGUGGCGUUGCCAUGGCGUCCUCUCAAGUCAAUGUCAUGCACGCCUGUCUGUCGGAGCAGAUCGUCCGAGAUCUGUUGCGCCACGAAAUGCGCUUUGAGGGCGUCGUCGUGUCUGAGUGCCUGGAGAUGGAGGCCCUGAGCCGCAACAUCGGCAUCAGUGGUGGGACAGUCAUGGCCUUCAAGGCCGGCUGUGACCUGAUCCUGACGUGCCGCACUCUGUCAGUCCAAGAAGACGCCAUUAACGGUCUGACCGCUGGAUUGGAUAAUGGCAUGAUUGAAAGGUACCGAGUGCAAGAGUCGGUACAGAGAAUCCUCAACAUGAAGAGAAAAUAUACGUCCUGGGAAAAGGCAUUUGCGCCAGCCGGGAUCGAGAAUCUCGCACGAUUGCAACCGCUUCACACAAGCCUCUCAACCACAGCUUAUAACAAAUCAAUUACCGUGGUUCGAGACCAGAAACAUUAUCUGCCGUUGUCGAGAGUCAUUAACCCCGAUGAAGAGCUUCUCCUUCUUACGCCCUUGGUCAAGCCACUACCCGCCUCCGCUUUAUUCCAUCUCUUACAAAGCGAGGCGUCGACAGUUCCCCAUCUAGGGCGAAGUCCCAGCAUCGAUACGAAUACGUCGAUCAUGAGUGGAGAGCAAGUCUUCCGAGAACUUGGUCGGACGCUCGCCCGGUAUCGCAACGGCAAAAUCUCCCACACUUCAUAUACUGCAAAUGGAGUGAGACCUCUGCACGAAAAUCUCCUGAACCGAGCUCGGGGCGUCGUGGUCGUCACGGCCGAUGCGGGUCGAAAUAUGUAUCAAAAUGCAUUUGCCAAACACAUCUCAAUGUUGUGCAAGUUGGCGGUCGGUGCGGAUGGCAGCCCACGAGAAAAGCCCUGUGUUGUGGUCGCCGUCAGUUCCCCAUUCGACUUUGCAUCGGACACAUCGAUCGGAACGUACGUGUGUACCUAUGAUUUCACCGAGACUGCUAUGCAGGCGUUGGUCCAGGUGCUUUACGGUGAGCUCACUCCGUCGGGAGUGUUGCCGGGCUCGUAUAGCCAGAAGCCUCAGACCAGUCACACCAGACAGCAGUGGCUCGUGGAAAGCUUCAGCGAGGAUCGGGACUCGGCGGCACUAGACGCGCUCAUCAUCCAAGCCCAAAAUGAACCUUCGGUCCACGCUGUUGCGCUGAAAAAAGCCGUAACCAGCACGUUUCUCCUUCGCGAUCCCGAUGUGGAGGAGGCGCAUUUCGUGGUCAGAAACAGCAGCACCAAAGAGUUGUUUGGUUUCUGCACCACAUAUUAUUUCAAGAACAGUGGCGUCGGGUAUAUCGGCGCGAUCAUUGUGGACCCUGCGCGCCGCCGUCUAUCCAUCGGCCACUCUCUCCAUGACCGUGCUGUGCGAGCAUUACUUCAGAAGAAAGGCAUCACCAAAUUCCAGCUUGGGGUCAGGUUUCCACAUGUGUAUCUGGGGAUCCCUAAACUGGAUCCGCUGGAAUACAAGCGCCUGCGCCAAUGGUUUGCCAAACUCGGGUGGAAUGUUUCGCUUUCAACACCUGUCGCAACAAUGAUGAUUCGUGAUCUGUCAACUUGGACAGCGCCUGACGGACUAGCUCAGGCAUUGACAAAUCCAGAGGUCAAAUACGAUCUGGUCCACGGAGCCGAAUACACCGAGGUGAUGAUGGACCAUCUCACAAGAUGUGCCCGGACAGAUGUUCGAGGCGUCUACCAGAUGGCCCUGGGGAAUAAGGAAGGCUGUGGGAUCAUUCGAGCCAAAAGGGCUUCUGACCAGUCUAUUCUGGGAAGCAUCCUGAUGUGCCGAGCCGAGUCCAAGAUUGCCCGCCAUAUCCCGUCGCUGUACAAACAAGUUGGAACGGCGUGCCUGUCGUCCCCCGUCAUUUCGACCAUGCACAGCGAUCGAGUCUCGCUGUUCCAAGGCCUAGUCCUUCUGGGGAUACGUCAGGUCAAGAAACAAGGCUUGCGGACUCUCCUGCUAGAUUAUAUCCGCGAAGAUGCUUCAAUGAAUGGCCUGAAGGCUUUGGGCUUUACCAUCAGCAAUAGUUUUGAAGAGAUCUCGAGCGAUCCGGUCCACUGGACAAUGAUGUCCGCAACAUGA